AUGCCCACUCUUCCCAUCCUCUGCUUCAACGACGUCUACCGCGUCCAACAGAAAUACAACCCCCAACCCGGCGCUCCCGAGGACAACUCGCCAGAUCAGAAUAUCACCGUCUCUCAGUUCGCCCAGCUCCUCUUGACGGAGAGGUCGAAAUGGGCCGACAAGAGUACACUGGCGGCGGACGGAGUGAAGGAGAAGGAGGGAUUGGUGCUGUUUGCGGGUGAUGUGUUUAGUCCUAGUGUGGAGAGCUCUGUGACUAGAGGCUCGCAUAUGGUGCCGAUAUUGAAUGCUAUCAAAGUUGACGCCGCUUGCGUUGGCAAUCAUGAUUUCGACUCUGGAUAUCCCCAUCUCACCAAACUCAUCCAAUCGACCACGUUUCCAUGGAUGUUGUCGAAUAUCGUCGACGUCAAUACGGGUGUACAGCCGGAGACCUUGCAGAAAUACCACAUCUUCGAGCGAUGUGGCGUCAAGAUUGGUGUCAUUGGUCUGGUAGAGCAAGACUGGAUUGCUACGAUCCCAUCUUGGCCGCACAACUUUGAAUACCGGUCUAUGACAGAAACAGCAUUGGAACUAUCCAGGGAGCUUCGAGAUCCUAACGGAGAGCACCAGGUGGACUUGAUCAUCGCUCUGACCCAUUGUCGAGUGCCCAAUGAUAUCACGUUGGCGAAUGAGCUGGGCGCAGUAGCAGGAAAGGGUGGCUUAGAGAACGAGCAUGGGGUGGAUCUAAUAAUAGGAGGGCAUGAUCAUGUGAGUCAGACGAUCGGUCAAGGCGCCAGCUCAUGGGAAAGCUAUUCAGGCCGUAAAGGUGCCCCCGGCACCCUAGAAGAUAUAUCAUGCCUCAUCAUGAAGAACGGCACCGACUUUAGAGACUUGACUUCCGCUUCCCUCGAGCUCACCCCAUCCCCCCCCGGAUCUAUCCGUAAAUACCUCAUCACCUCUCUCACCGGCAAACACCACUACGUCCUCCCCUCCUCCCCUUCCUCCCCGGCAUUUGAGCAACUGGUCAAAUCCCUCUUAUCCUCUGUAUCGGAAGCGCUGCAGAAACCGGUUUGCUUUACGCUAGCGCCGUUUGAUGCGAGGUCAGAUGUGGUUAGGGUGGAGGAGAGCGGGUUGGGGAACUGGAUUGCCGAUGUGUUGAUGCAUGCGUUCGCGGAGAGCAAUAUUGCAAAGAAGGAGGGGGGAGGGGGAGGGGAGGAAAAUGAAGAUGACGAAGGGCCGGGGGCGGAUGCUGCUAUCAUUUGCGGUGGUACUCUACGAGGAGACUCUCAAUAUGGUCCUGGAAAGAUCACCAUUGGGGACAUCCUCGAAAUUCUGCCCUUUGACGAUCCUGUGGUUUGUCUUGAGAUUGACGGUGCCGGUAUCUGGUCUACCCUCGAAUCCGCCCUCUCGAAAUGGCCUGCCCAAGAAGGCCGAUUCCCCAUCGUCUCCGGCCUCGCCGUCAAAUGGGAUCACAAACGCCCGCCCAACAACCGCGUCAUCUCCAUCCACCAGCUCGUCCAGCCCACCCGGGAAACCGACGAUGACUGGGAAGAUCCAGAAGAAAUGAGACUGAAGCUGGGGGAAGAGGUGAAAAAUCAAGAGGGCGGGAGGAUGUACAAGGUGAUUACGAGGGAUUAUAUGGCGCAGGGCUUUGAUGGCUUUGAGCCGUUGAAGAACCGUAAGUUUAUCGUCGAUGAUGAGAAUGGACAGAUCAUGUCUAGCAUUUUGCGAAGUUUCCUCUUGGGCUCUGCAUACAUUUUCCGCCACAAACAACUUGAAGGAGCUGCCCACUCUCAUCUAUCUCGCCGAACUUCCCAGGUCCUCUUGCGAGCUCGUGCCCAACAUCAAACCCAUUCAUCACCUUCAGUAUCCGUAUCCUCCUCCCCCAAACGCGAAUUCCUCUCUCCACCCAACAUUCACACCCCGAUGCGCCCGUCCCCGAAUGGCGAUGGCGGGUACUUGACCGCAGGCAACUUGAAAGCCCAUGCCAUGUCGCCGGGAUCCGACGUGUCGAGCUCGUCGGGCUGGGGACUGCUGAAGAGGCAUGUGGUGAACCAUGAUUGGGAAACGAUCCGGAAUGCUUUGCAUGUUGCUAGGCAUGAGCAUAUGAGCGGGAUCGAUAGCGUUCCGGGUCAAGCUAUGCGGCAGACGGGCCAUCACCUGCCAGGCGCUUGGUCUCCUGUGGAGGGGCCGAUAGAGGAGCAGACAUCAGGUCCAACGGAAGGUGUCCCACUGGAUGAUGGAGAAGACAUUACCAUCCAGGAUCUGGCCAUAGUCUGCCCGUUGAUAGACGGCAGAAUGCGAGACGUCUCGGCAGGCAAGGAUUGA